GCUGGUGCUGGGGUAGUAGAGCAAAGCUACACAGCAAGCACUGAGGCCUCAAAUUACCAGAGUUUAUAGUAAAGUUAGUAAUGGCUCUUGUAAUGUGCUGUGUGGAUAGACAGAUGAAGCUGACAAAAUAUUAACUCCACCAUAAGUAGCUCACUAAGGUGCCACUAUGAUACUUCCCCCUCUCAGUUUGUUUGUUUUUUCCAGGUAGUGAAAGCAGGCGCGCUCUCGACAGUGAGCGAGAGCAGGCGAGCUCGAGAGGGACGUGCAUGGCAUGCGUGUGUGCGCGCGCGCGAGUUUGAGUCACAUCACUGGCGGCUGAAAGCUAUCAAAACUCGUCAAGUGUUUGCCCUCGACUAUCCUUGAAGCGUUUUGAAGGUUUGUUUGCCUGGAAUACAAAGGGAACAUUGUUUUUUUUUUUCGUCAGGGUUUAAUACCUCACCUCAGCUCUCUGGCACAUUCUGGCGGCGCGAUGGCUUGCUGGAAUAUGUAAAUUGUGCUCAUAUACCAAAGAGUGACUGAGAAACGACACAGUAUCUACGUCUGACUGUAAAAGGUGCUGGAAACCAUGGAUAACCUCACUUCCAAAUCCCAACAUUUUCAUCUUCUGCUCUUCAUCACUCUAUGCGUCUUUCCUGGAUCACUGGGCCAGACUUCAAUCCCCAGGGGCUGUGGAGAUGAUGUGGACUCCUUGUAUUUCAACCUCUGUGACCUGACUGCAGUCUGGGGUGUUGUAGUUGAGUCAUUUGCAGCAACUGGUUUGGUGGCCACCCUGAUUCUUCUGAUCGUGCUGCUAGCCAGCCUUCCCUUCGUCACUGACAGGAAGUGGCGCAGUUCGUUAGGGCUUCACACAGGGUUCGUCAUCUUCACAUUUGGACUGUUCGCCCUCACAUUCGCCUUCAUUGUUGGGAAGAACUUCGCCACAUGUGCGUCACGCCGCUUUCUGUUUGGUGUGCUGUUCGCUGGCUGCUUCUCUUGCCUUCUCAUGCAAGCCGUGAGGUUGAACAUACUGGCCAGGAGGAAUUCGGCACCCAGAGGUUGGGUUUGGUGCUUGGGGGCUCUGGGGCUCUGGCUGGUAGAAGUUGUCAUCAACACCGAAUGGCUAAUCAUUACUAUUGUGCGAUACCCAACUAAUGUCACCGGAAUUCUGGCUUCUGCUACUGCUGUUCCCUGUAAUAUCGAAAACCAGGAUUUUGUCAUGGUGCACAUUUACGUUCUAAAUCUACUAUUGGCGGUUGUGGUGGCAUCCUUACCCAUAUUGGCAGGCAAGCACAAGCGUUGGCGCAAAGAUGGAGCCCUCAUCCUGGUCACAGGACUGUUUUCGGUGGGCAUCUGGGUGGCGUGGAUUGUCAUGUAUGUGUAUGGGAACGCAAAGAACGGUGGGCCGACAUGGGACGAUCCCACAUUGGCUAUAGCAUUGGUUUCAAACGCAUGGGUGUUUCUGCUGCUCCACACGGUGCCAGCGGUGUGUAGCCUGAGUGAGGAAGAUGAAGAUGCAGCUGUUGAGGAAAAUCUGUACCCAAGCAGAGGGUACGAGAACAUUUUGAAGGAGCAAAGUGCACAGAGCGUACAUAUGGAAAAUAAGGCCUUCUCUAUGGAUGAGCCCAAGGCAGUUUUUAAUAAUGUUAUUGUCUUCGUUGCCACAUGA